AUGUCAAAAGUACACAAGGAAAAAAGGAAGACUACACGCAAAUACCAGACUGAUUUUUUAUUACUAGGCUUCAUCCCAUCAAGUGCUGAUUCUAAGAGGCCUGAAUGUGUGGACUGUGGCUUAGUAAUGACAAAUGUUUCCAUGAAGAAAUCAAAAUUGUUCGCCCAUCAACAGUUGAAGCAUCCUGCUUCUGUUGGAAAGGAGCGCAGCUAUUUCAGGAAGAAAGUGGAGUUACGCCAAAAGAAUGCUCCAAAAACUUUAGAAUUCUGCUUAAAAAAAGCAAAUGAGCAUAAUAACAAGACACUAAAAGUCAGUUAUGCAGUGAGUGAACUGGUUGCUAAGGUGGGGAAGCCACAUACAAUUGCAGAACGUCUGGUGAAGCCAGCAAUGUUGAUCUGUGCUAAAGAACUGCUAGGAGAACAGGCUGCCAACAUUCUACAAAAAAUCCCAUUGUCUAAUGACACAGUGAAGAGAAGGCAAAUUGAAAUGGCAGAAAACCUCGAGAAACAGCUUGUGGAAAAAUUAAAAGUUUCUAAGUUCUCACUACAAAUUGAUGAGACAACAAUCAACAAUUCUGCCUUAUUACUUACUUAUGUCCGAUAUAUUGAUGCAAUGGGAAUUCAUGAAGAAAUGUUAUUUAUAAAAAAGUUGAUUGACACACGAAGCGACACUAUAUAUGCGGCUGUUUACGACUAUCUGUACGAUAAUGGGAUCCCUCUGUCAAAUCUGUUGCAGAUUGCAACAGACGGUGCCAGCGCUAUGACCGGCAAACAGAAUGGCUUUGUAGCUAAUUAA